GCCAGUAAGCCGUCCGAUCAGCGUCUUAGCAAGAUGAGGACCUCUAGGCUGGCCUGCCUGAGCGCCGCGCUGCUGGUGGCGCUCGCCGUCUCUUCAGCCCAGGGGAAGCCCGAGUGCACCUGCGGAGGCCUCGGGGCGGGAACGGACCCCUGUGCCAAGCACGGGGACAUAGUCAUCAAGGCCCCGAAAGUGGUGAAACCAGCGCAUUUCGCAGCUCCCCACGUGAUCAACGAGGCGGCGGCAGCGAGGGCGGCAGCAAACGCUGCGUCCGCUGCGGCAGGCAUUAACGGUGGUCCGGGUGGAUUCGGUGGGCCAGGUGGAUACGGAUCAGAUGGGUACGGACCGGGUGGCUAUGGGCCAGGUGGAUAUGGACCUGGUGGAUAUGGACCUGGUGGAUAUGGACCUGGUGGAUAUGGACCUGGUGGAUAUGGACCUGGUGGAUUCGGUCCUGGUGGACCUGGUGGAUUCGGUCCUGGUGGACCUUUCGGCUCCGGAGGCUGCUCCAAUCUGCCGCCAAAACCGGUACCACUUCUCGGGGGACUCUCCACCGCGGAGGUGCUCGCCCUCGGUCCCAACGCCAGAGUUCUGCCGAAAUUCGGCCCGGUCGGCGGGCCAGCGGGUGACCUGUGCAACGGAGGAGGCCCUGGAAGCGGGUCAGGCGGUCCUGGAGGCAAAUCCGGAAAUCCCAGGGUGACUCCGGCGUAUCCUGGGAAACCAAGGUGUCUGACCUGCGGAACUGCAGGGUUGGGAGCCCUUGGAGGGCUCGGUGGUCUUGGAGGACUCGGUGGACCUGGCCAGCCUUUCGGACCUGGAGGACCCUUCGGUCCCGGUGGACCGGGUGGACUUGGAGGACCUGGAGGACCCUUCGGACCUGGUGGACCAGGGGGAUUGGGUGGACCUGGAGGACCCUUUGGACCCGGUGGACCAGGUGGAGUGGGAGGACCUGGAGGACCCUUCGGUCCUGGCGGUCCGUUCGGGCCUGGUGGUCCAUUCGGCCCUGGUGGACCCUUUGGUCCCGGUGGUCCCGGUGGUCCCGGUGGUCCUGGAGGUCCUGGAGGCCUUGGUGGUCCCGAUGGUCCCCUUCUCGGGCCUGGUGGUCCCUUCCUUCCUCUGCCAGCCCUAGCUUCUUUGAGGCCUCUCGAUGACCUGAACUCGUUCGAUGCUCCGGACAGCCUUCCCUUCGACGACCAGGAGAAGAUCUACAACGGUCUGCCGACGGGAUACGUCCCGGCCGACCCGGUGUCCUUGUCUUUAGCCUUCGGUCUGGCUAGACGCACUUCCAAGGUGGUACCCGAAGAGAAGCUGGCCUACGGCCAGCAAAAGACGCCCCUGGACGGCCGGGUGCUGGAGAAGAAGCCAGACAUCCCCGAGGAGAAGCUCCUCGCGGUCGACCGACCGAUCGUCGAGCUGAAGGGGCUUCCAGGAAAAGGACCUUGCUCGGUGGCGGAAGAGGCUCUGGCCGAGCAGGCGGCGAUGGAGCAGCAGAAACUCGAAGAGGAAGCCGAAGCUCUGGCCGGUCUUUCGGCACCCUCUCUGCCUGCUAUCAGCUACAGUGACCUCGGCUACGGGCCCGAAGGACCUAGUGGCAACACAUUCAUCAACAGCAUCCCGGCUACGUCUUUAGGGUCUUUGCUAGGACCUGGAGGUGUGAUUCCCGCGGGAGCGUUGGGUCCCCUCGGGGGUCCUGGCAGCGGUCUUCCGGGUGGAGUGAUUCCAAUCGGUGGUCUUGGUGGUCUCGGUGGUCCUGGUGGAAUUCUUCCAGGAGGUUUACCAGCCGGAGUUCUUCCGGGUGGCGUGAUAGCCCUCGGUGGACCUGGUAGCGGUCCUUUCGGCCUCGGUGGACCCGGUGGUGCCGGUCCCUUCGGCCUCGGUGGUCUUCUGGGACUCCCAGGGUACGGUCGCACCUCGGCGUGCGGACCCCUAGGGCCUCCGGUCCCAGGAUACAUUCCUGGGAACGUGCUUCCUCGCGAUGACGAACCUGCGGACGGUGGCGACGAUGGUGCUCCAAGUGGCGAGGCCGACGGCGGAGAUAGCGACGAGGACGACGACGGCGAGGCCUCCGCUCUGUCCGGCGGGAUCCUCAGCAGAUUGAAGCCCCCAAAGAAGGGGUCUUGCUCCACCCACGGACAGGAAAUUCUCUCAAUCAACCCCUUGUCCUGCGGAUGUUCUCCCGGGUGCUCGCACUGAAAAGCAAUCGAGACGUUGACGAUGACAAGAACGACGGAAGGAGACUCCGAAGACCCUGAAGACGCUUGAGUCGCGCCGUUAGGAUUACCUGCUAGCACUAGGGUCCUCGUUCCCCGAGGACGUUGACGCCACGGGCAAGGACGGGGUUCUUGUGUGCAACUAGUCGUAAUUUAGAGCGCUGGACCCUAAGACGCGUCUGUGACACUUGCGAGGAAUAAAUGAAAAGAUCUACAAAAAA